AGACAUGGACGUGAAUAUCGCUCCGCUCCGCGCCUGGGACGAUUUCUUCCCGGGCUCUGAUCGCUUCGCCCGGCCAGACUUUAGGGACAUUUCCAAAUGGAACAACCGCGUGGUGAGCAACCUGCUCUAUUAUCAGACCAACUAUCUGGUGGUGGCUGCCAUGAUGAUUUCCGUCGUGGGGUUCCUGAGCCCCUUCAACAUGAUCCUUGGAGGCAUUGUGGUGGUACUGGUAUUCACGGGCUUUGUGUGGGCAGCCCACAAUAAAGACAUUCUCCGCCGGCUGAAGAAGCAGUACCCUACGGUGUUUGUCAUGGUGGUCAUGCUGGCCAGCUACUUCCUCAUAUCCAUGUUUGGGGGAGUCAUGGUCUUUGUGUUCGGCAUCACUUUCCCUUUGCUGCUGAUGUUUAUCCACGCGUCGCUGAGACUCCGGAACCUCAAGAACAAACUGGAGAAUAAAAUAGAGGGAAUCGGUCUGAAGAGGACGCCCAUGGGCAUUGUCCUGGAUGCCCUAGAACAGCAGGAAGAAAACAUCAGCAAGUUCGCUGACUAUAUCAGUAAAGUCAAUGAGUAAAUGGAGCUGACCUGGCGAUAGGGUUGCUGCAGAAAUCGACGUGCAGUGUGCCCUUGUCCAGACCUAUUUUCCGUUUGUGUUUCUGACGUAGGAGGUUCCUGCACCAUCCAACCAUCCGUGGCAGCGUGCACGUAGUGGCCAUGCUGUUCACAUCUCUGCUUUUACAGAGAGCAGGCCUCAGAGACUGAAAAAACCACCCUCCUAUUGUGUCUGAAGUUUCAGGUGUGUUUAUGGAAGCUGAUAGGAAAUGGAGCACACCUAUUUUUUUUAAGGGGAAUACAAAUAAAAGAAUCAUGGAUUGUAUAGCAACAAUACAGUGAUCUUGUGGGAAAAAAUUCAAUUGUAAAAUAUUGAGGCAGUAUGAGUAAAUGAAAAGACUGUUAAAGUAGAUGAUGUCAUGCACUAGCCUGUUUUAAUCUGCCCCCCCAUCCUCCUCCUCCAAAAAAUUUCCUUGUUAGAAUUAUAAUGUGUAGGGUAUAUAUUAGUUUUGUUUUUAUUAUUACGCUUUUAAAAUCAAAGAUGAUCUCCAUCACUUUGCCUCCUGUUUGAUGUGCAGUGGAAGUUGGAUAAAUCAGUUUCUAGUUUGUUUACAAAGCUAGCUGUUUGUGAGAAUAUUUUGUCAACUUUUUGUCCGUUUUUGAAAGGCUAGUAAUGUGUUUGCACUAGCAGGCAUUUGUUGCAGACUAAAUGCCAUCUUCUUUAAGGAGGUUACAGUUCUGUAACCUGUAUUAUUCUCAAUGGUCUUGUUUAAAAAAAAAAAAAGAAAAAAUCAAAAUAAAACUUGAGUUCUG